AUGGAAAACCAGCUGAUAUUGCCCCCGAUUAUCAUGGGUGGCGCCGGAUUCAGCUACCAAUUGCAUUCCCAGCCAGACCAAAUCCCCAUCAGCAAAAUCAUUCGGCGUGCCUUUGAUCGUGGGAUUAGGGCUAUCGACACUUCGCCUUACUACGAACCCUCGGAACAACUCCUGGGCCAUGCACUCACCAGCCCCGAAAUCCGCGACAGGUACUCUCGCGAGGACUACAUUUUAAUGACUAAGGCGGGAAGAAUCUCUGCAGAUGAAUUCAACUACUCCCCUGAAUGGAUUCAAGCGUCGGUUGCACGAUCUCUCAGCCGAUUAGACACAGCUUACCUAGACGUUGUGUUUUGCCAUGACGUGGAGUAUGUCUCUUGUAACCAAGCAGUGGAGGCUGUCGGUUCUCUGUUUGAGCUGAAAAGACAGGGCAAGGUCAGAUUUAUCGGUAUUUCGGGGUAUUCAAUCGAAAGCCUCGUGCGAGUUGCUCGACGGGUCAGGCAGGUCUAUAACCAACCGCUAGAUGUCGUGCAGAACUGGGCGCAACUGACAUUACAAAACUCACGCCUUGAGACCGUCGGCAUCCCAGCACUGCAGGAAGAAGGCGUCACAGUAAUCUGCAACUCCAGUCCACUUGCAUCGGGUCUACUGCGCUCUACAAGCGUGCCUUCUGGCAAAUUGGGGGACUGGCAUCCUUCGCCAACUGGUUUGCGUGAGGCUGUUCGCGCAGCUUCCGAUUGGGUUGAGUCGCAGGGGUCGACGCUGGUGAACCUGGCUCUUCGGUUCUCUAUUGCUAGAGCGAUGAAGAUAUCCUCGUCGGGGAAGAGGACCCGAGUUCAUACCAUCGUUGGAGUGAGCUCUAUUGACGAUAUCGAAGAUAACGUGAAGGCCACCACUGCUAUUCUGCGACGUUUAAAUUCAUUGUCUAAUGAUCCUACGACCGAGGAAGUCAAUGUCUCGGCUUUGACAGAAAUUCGAGAAGAAGUCGAGCAUAGAGACCUCGUUUUGUGCCAGGGCGUGCGCAGGAUAUUGGGCGAUUGGUGUAGCGAGGCCCGGACUCGGUGCAACGGCGAUACGCCAUGUGGCCGUUGCUUCGAUCUUCAUUUGCGAUGCCGAUAUGACCGCGAAGUCAAAAAGCGCGGACGUAGGUCUAAUGCAUCUAAAGGGAUACAACGACAGAUGUUAGCAAGAGAUAUCGCGGACAAGGAUACUCGCUCUCCAGAAGCAUCCUCUGCAAAACGAAAUAGCACCCGGGAAGAGACCGAAGUGUACCAACACACGCCAGUCUCGAAUUCGGUUGAGCUUCGGCCUGCACCAGCGCGAACUUGGGAAAAUGGGAUGACCCAAAGUUCCCAAGGUGUUGGGAAUGAUCCAGCACUCAAUAGAUCUGGGUUUUCCGCUUCUACAAGACACACACCGCUCGUAAAUGCCCCGGCUUUUGAUUCAUUUUGUCGCUAUUCCUGCCUGGAACCACUCCUACCGGCGUUGAAAAACAUAAUCCCGGCUGAAGAGGCCUGUGACCUUCUUGACAUAUACUUUGUUGAGCCUGGUAAUUCUCUAUUCAGCAUUCACUCGCCUUACGUACUCACGCCAGUCUUGCGCAAGAAGUCUCUUCUGAGCUCAACAAACCCACGCCCUACAUCUCCCGCGUUGCUUUCGACAAUACUUUGGUGCAUGGCGCACACGGCCAAUAUCAAUGCUUUUCGUGUUCCAGGAUCCAGGGAACGGAUCAUAAACAAACUCUUUUCAUUAUCUCUGUCUUUUUUUCAUCAGAGGGAUAUGGAUAAUUGGCAUCGUGUUCCCGGCGGAUGGAGAUUUGAGCGUGAUUUCACAGGUGCUUUGGCAGACGGGUUUGAUUCCAACAUGACUUGGACGACAUUCACUAAGAAACCUCAGCCUACCGUUGACGAUGUUCUCACUCUUACUCUUCUGACCACAGUUAUUUCUGGGGGCGAAUUCAAAUCUGACUCUGUCAAGUGGUCAGAUAAAGCAAUGCGUCUAGUAAAAUACCUUGGUUACCAUUCCGAGGCAAUGAUCUGCAGUGGUACUUCAGAGACAUCCAACCAGCCGGCUUCUCUUGAAGUUAUCGUAGAGCAAGAGGAGCGGCGAAGGCUCUUGGACUCUGAGUGUCAUGUGUUCAUUCCGCUUGACGAACACGUGUGGCAAAAUAUUGAGAAAGCCACACCUGAAAUCCUAUCGUCUCGAGUUUAUGGAUCGGCGAAUACUAUCUCCGGAACUGGGGUAUUUGAAUUUUUCCUUCCACUUAUGGCAAUUCUAGGGGACAUAAUUGAUCUUCGCCUGCGUCGAAAUAACCCUCGUCUAGGAGUCAUUGAUGAUACGUCAAGUCUGAACGCCAUUAAAAAAUGUCUCUGCGACCUAGAAUCUGGCUUGAAUCAUUUCUCCUUAUUGCCUGGUGUACCAACCCCAGGAGCACACAAUAUGGCAUUUGAGGAUGGUGGGAGCACAAUGUUUUCACCAACGCAAAGAAGUCCCGAAUUUGACAACAACACUCAAUAUGACACUAGAUUCGAGCAUGUCUCAACUGCAACUGAAACUCGCACGGCACUGGCUGUCGCCUACGCCAGGUAUAUCGUACAUGUUCUCCAUGUGCUGCUUCAUGGCGAAUGGGACGCCAUCACCAUGCUCGAAGACGAGGGCAACUGGAUCGCGUCGUCGAAUUUUCCAGAAUGUGCUUUCCAGGGUAUAGCCGCUGCCCAGGCGGUUUCCGAAAUCUUGGAAAUAGACCCUGAAUUGGCGUUUAUGCCGUAUUUGUUCGGCAUAUACCUCUUUCACGGCAGUUUUGUUCUUUUGUUGUUUGCCGAUCGUAUGCCGCAGGUCGGACCGAAUGCAUCGGUGGAACAGGCAUGUGAGGUGAUAAUUAGGGCUCACGAGGUCUGCGUCGUAACUUUGAGUACAGACUUUCAGGUAUUGUUCUACUUUCUUCAUGUUAUUUACUUCUAUAAUAUCAACAUAUGCUGA